AUGUAUGUGAAAUGGUUUGAUACAGUAAUGUUAUACUAUGUGAUUUUAGUGUAUUUAGUGAAUGUCACUUUUUGUCAUUUUCAAAUUUUCCGCCGUUCCGCCCCUCUUACGUCCCGACGCUCGCAGGGGACGGAACCCAGAUGACAGAUGCCGGCAUCCGCCAGAGGACAUUACAGGGGACACUGCAGGAGGGACAUCGCGGGAGCACAGGACAAGGUAAGUGAAGAACAGAUCUCGGAGCAGCGCAGCAUGGUAAGCCCGAGUGUAGCUCGGGGUUACCGUUUGCGCUACAUUCGGGAAUACCGCCAGGGAGGUUAAG